UCACGAAUGCGGCUCACGCUCCAAUGCUGCUUUGAUCAUAGGUUCCUGCGGAGGAAAUAAAACCCACGAAAUACACGAUUCGCCAACGUCCUUCAGCGCGCAUUCAAAGGACAUCGAAGUGGGAGGGAGACCAACAGAUGCUGUGCCGAGUCGAUGCCAGAGCCAUCAAGGCACUCCUUUUGGCUCUCGUGGCUCUAGCAGCUAUGGUCACUCCUGCCACAUCUCAGAUACACUGGAACCGAGGCUGGGGUGCGGGUGGCUCAAUGGGAAAGAGGUCUUCGGCGAUGCCUUCUUCUGCUUCUUCUGUCUCGUCCGUGGACGGAGAGUUGGUCCUCAGCACAGACUGCUCCUCCACGGAUCUUGCUCACCUCACGUCCCUCAUCGCAAGGAUCGUAGAGAGCGAAGUCAACCGCCUGGCAUCUUGCGCACUUCGGGAGCACCAGGUCGCCUCUGCGCCGGAGUCCGAACACCUGUCUCACCUCCCCUGGUGGAUUCAGGCAAGGAAGGCCGCUUCCACCGACCAGUAAUUGAGCAUGUAGAAAUUACGUACUAUUUAAGACGCCCGUUACCUAUGCGACCGCGGAGCCUGUUGCAACAAUUAGGACGUUCCUAAUUAUGAUUACUUUAAUAAUUUACUAACAUCUCUUACCGUCUCUUCAACGGCUCAUUUAUCUUUCAAUCUGACUUUCCAAGUAUUGUGAAUUUUGUUAGCCCUAGUCUACGCAAUUUUGUUUACGGAUUCCUCUACCCUGAAACGCGCUGCACAACUUUUCUUUUACACAUUCUUUUGUUACCUAGCUUAUAUUAAUGAAUUAAUUUAUACAUUUUAAAAACACGGACAAGAUCCGAUGAAAAAAUCAAUAGGAAUAUUUGCUUUCAAAAUUGAGAGAACAGUGAAUCUGAGAUUUGAUCUAAUUUCAUACGAGUCUUGUUUCCUUCGCUUUCAUCUAACACACGCUUGCUUCGAAUACACUCAGACCUGCAAACUAGUUGAGUUAUUCAUCUGAACUUCAAAAGCACCCAGCGAGGGACGUCUCUAACAAAUUUAUCUUCAUUUAUUUUUCAUCUCUGCCUCAAAACAUCAAAGGAAUGAGUCUUUUUCUUUAGUAUACAUUGUCUUUUUAUCCAUCCCGUUUUCUAUCGUUUCAUAUCUUCCUCUUCUCUGUUAUUUUUGAGUCAUGAUUAUUCGGCAACCGGCUCUGUUUUCCUUUCAUAACAGACACUGACGGUGACAUAAACAUUAUCCUCCUCUUUAUAUUGUGAUAAAAUAACAGUUUAAAAUUAAAGUGCUGCUUUGUAUUCAUGAAUAAUAUACGUAUAAUAUAUACUCAAAGGGCUCAUCACUUUUACGGAUAACCUGUCGGCGCCUGCGCACUUUGUCUCAACAUAGACCGAUAUGAGUUGGUGGGACGCAUCCCUGUCGUAACAACGUUUAUAAAAGGUUAACCAAAGAUAUCAAAUAUCAAGCACGCUUCUGAAGUUGAUUAGUUGAAGGUUUGCAGUUUAAUCUUUGCUUGGGGAAUUAUGACAGACGUGGUCUGUUUGUAGGCUACGUGAUAUAAGCAAGGGUGAAAUAAAUGUAAGUCUUUCAAACAGAUGAGUUCACUCAAAUGUCAGUCAGAAACUUAUUCGUGUCAGAUUAAGUGAAGUCAUUUCAAAGAUGAUUGAAUUAGUUCCUCGUAUCCUGGCAAAGGGAGUUAUAUGAAAUAAUGAGUAGCAGAAUGAUCACGUACAAUUAAAUAAAAUGCAUUGGACUUUCCGAUAAAGGGAUAUUGAAAAUGACCUUUUUAUGAAAUAAAAAGAUAUCACAAGAUGCGUAAGAUCUCAUAUACUUUUACAAGAAGAAGAGUGACUAAGAUCUCAUAUGCUUUUAGAAGGAGAAGAAUUACAAAGAGGUGGCUGAGAUAUAUCAAUUUUGGAAAGAGGUAUAGUUGAUAAAAAUAAAAAUGAAAAAUUAUGAAGAUAAGGAAAGAACAAUACAGAGUAAAGAAUUAUGAACUGCACAUAGGAUGUUUCUUGAAUGAAAACUAAGCAAAAAAAUAUGUAUACAAUACUAUCUAUUCAAAAUCCAACUUCAGAGAAAAACUGACUAAAAAAAGAAACUCCAGCGUAAAAAAAGCGAUGCUUUCAAACAAAAGAGCUCUUGUUCAGUGCAUUCCUAACUGCAUAGAAGAGGUUGGAAUGCAGUUUGGAAUGCAAGGGAAAUAGAGAUGAAUAGAAAAUAAAAAGAAGUAUCGGUUCAGCGGGCGUAAAAUUGGACAUUAUAAGGAUGCGAUGCUCUUGCUAAUAAAAAUGAAACUGCUCAAA